UGACAUAAACGUCAAAAUUUUUUUUUGGGGUUAACAAGUAUUAUUGUUAAGAAAAAUGAUUUUAAGCGAAGAUUUAAAGAAAUCUUUGUCGCUUUCAAACAAUAUUAACACAAUAAACGAUCAGGUUUAUAAAAAUCUCGUUGAAAUUUGUUUCAACGAACUUUGCAGGGUCACAGACGUUCCAAAUAUAAGUAGCUUAAACAUAUCAAAACCCGAUGUAGCUAAAGAAAUUCACGCUGCCUUUUUAACUUUAAUAGCAAAAGCAGCUCGAAAUGAUCUCCGAUCGGAUACUCUCAUUAAUAUCCUUUCUAACGAAUGCGGAUUUAGCUCAAAUCGCGCUAAAUAUUUAUCCGAUUUGUAUGAAAAGAACCGGAUUAAGUUACAAAUUAUUUUAGGAAACAUUGGGACUCAUUUACCCAACAUCGUUGAUGUUAAAUGGAAAAUGGAUUUUGUUGUUAAAUCGAGUGAUGUAAGAUUACAGGAAGGACCCAUUUUUAGUAUUAAUUUAAUCACUGAGACUUGGGAUAAAGAAUCGGAAUCAAAUAAACGAGAUUCGAUCGAUUUUUUAUGCACAACCCAAGAAUUGCAAGAUUUAGUUUAUAAGUUAUUAGAGGUGAUGAGACAUUGUAUUAAAAUUGGAAAUGAACGAUAAAAAUAAAUUUUAAAAAAAUUAA